AUGGACAUCGCAACAGGUCCCGAGUCCUUGGAACGGUGCUUUACGCGGGGCCAGUCGGACUGCUCAAAGAUGUUGGACGGUAUUAAAAUGGAAGACCACCCUCUGCGCUCGGGUCCGGCCACGUUAGGAGUGCUGCUGGGGUCGGACUGCCAGCACCAGGCCGUCUGCGAGGGCUGCCAGCGGCCCAUCUCGGACCGGUUUCUGAUGCGGGUGAACGAGUCCUCCUGGCACGAGGAGUGCCUGCAGUGCGCGGCGUGUCAGCAAGCCCUCACCACCAGCUGCUACUUCCGGGACCGAAAGCUCUACUGCAAGCAGGACUACCAACAGCUGUUUGCUGCUAAGUGCAGUGGCUGCAUGGAAAAGAUCGCCCCGACAGAAUUCGUGAUGAGAGCCCUGGAGUGUGUUUACCACUUAAGCUGCUUCUGCUGCUGUGUUUGUGAACGACAGCUGAGGAAAGGGGACGAAUUUGUUCUUAAGGAAGGGCAGUUGCUCUGCAAAAGUGACUAUGAAAAAGAGAAAGACUUGUUGAGCUCAGUCAGCCCAGACGACUCAGACUCAGUUAAAAGCGAUGAUGAAGAUGGAGAUGUUAAGCCUGCCAAAGGACAAGUAUCCCAAGGGAAAGGAAGUGAUGAUGGGAAGGAUCCCAGAAGACCUAAACGACCAAGGACGAUACUUACUACCCAGCAGAGACGAGCAUUCAAAGCAUCCUUUGAAGUGUCUUCCAAGCCCUGUAGGAAGGUCAGAGAAACACUAGCAGCUGAAACAGGACUUAGUGUGCGAGUUGUUCAGGUCUGGUUUCAAAACCAAAGAGCAAAGAUGAAAAAACUAGCACGAAGGCAUCAGCAGCAGCAGGAGCAACAGAACUCACAGCGACUAGGACAAGAAGUAAUGUCCAACCGAAUGGAAGGGAUGAUGACAUCUUACACACCACUUGCACCACCGCAGCAGCAGAUUGUAGCAAUGGAUCAAAGCAGUUAUGGCACAGACCCGUUUCAGCAGGGUCUGACUCCUCCACAAAUGCCAGGCGACCACAUGAACCCUUAUGGAAACGACUCCAUUUUUCAUGAUAUCGACAGUGAUACCUCUUUAACUAGCUUGAGCGACUGUUUUCUUGCCUCUUCUGAAGUUAACUCCAUGCAGGCUAGAGUAGGAAACCCCAUUGACAGGCUGUACUCUAUGCAGAGCUCAUAUUUCGCCUCAUGA